AGCUGGGUCCUCGUUCUUCUGGUGUGGGGUGAAGCCGGAGGAGUGUGGUGUCGUCUCUGUUUGAUAAAUACGUUUAAUUUCAAAAUGUAUUACAAAAUCAGCGGAGUGACGGGAAAACUGACGGGAUGCACACCGGCCAGCGCCUACUUCCCCCAGGGGCUCAAACCUACCGUGCCCUCACAACCCACCCCAAUGAUCUUUGCCUUACCCACCAAGGUGGUGUCAGAAGCAGGACCUACAGCUGAGUAUAUGGGUGCUAACAAGGUCCCUGAGCUGCAAAAGAUCUUUCAGAAAGCUGAUGGUGUGCCAAUUCACUUGAAGCGUGGAGUCAUAGACCGGCUACUGUACAGGACUACGAUGGGCCUGACAAUUGGAGGAACCUUGUAUUGCCUUGUGGCCCUGUAUUUUGCUGCUCAGCCCAGAAAAGUUGAGUAACCUGAAUGACCUUCCAUCUGGAGCAACAAAAAGGACCAUUUAAGACUGUAUUCCCAAAGACAGUUUGCAUAAUUGCUUUGUUUCUGCAAUAUUUUUUCACCUCCUGUUAACCCUUAAUUUAUAUGGCCCUCAAGAGGGUUUGCAAGUGCAUCUUUUAGAAACAGGUGAAAUAAGAAGCAACAGCUAAGAUCAUCACAACUGUAAGAAUGAAUCGGUUCAGGGAACAUAGGGAUAAGAAAAUGGGGAUGUGUUAGUCAACAAACCACAGUUCUAGUUUGCUUGUGUACACAAGCGCUUGCAAUGACUACAGGGUGCAGUGUGAAAUUAUGAAAUAAAUGGGAACUGUGCCAGCAGUUUUCAUGUGUUCAAAAAAUUCUUGGACAGGUUUUCUGUUGUUUUGUUACCAAGGGCAUACACUUAUAACAUCCAAUUACGCAAUCUCAGUCUCACCAAAGAACAAAAUGUCCUUUUCAGAUGCUUCUAUGUUGACACGCUAUUUACAUGGCCAUAAAUCUGUAAUCAUGUGUAAUUUGACUGUGAAUGAGGUUCUUGUAACUUUUCUUCUUAAAAUAAAUAUAUUUUGUUCGUUUAAAAAAAAAAAAAAAAAAAGGAAUAGAUUGAG